CGGCGAUUACUCGAAGUUGUCGGGAAUAAUAAUUCCGGGAUUCGCAUCGACGCAGCUCCGAGCAUGGUCCAUCCUCGACUGCCCUUACUCUCCUCUCGAUUUCAAUCCUCUCGACCUAGUCUGGCUCGAUACCACCAAAUUAUUAGAACUGAACGUUGUAUGGAGUUGAUAAUGGAGACAAAAAGCUUAAUUUCGUGGCGUUUGGUUGAUAGCGAGCGUGGGAAAUUUCGGAAAGAUAAUGAAAUGGAAAAGGGAAUGCUUAAACUUUUUUUGUUUUCUCCACUUUACGUCCAUUUUAUAUUUUCCUUUUUUGUAUUUUGUCUCUCCUCGGUUUUCUACUUUGCUGGAAAUAGAAAGUAUCUGUUCCAUGGUUCUCCAUUUGCUCUCCUUUUAAGUCCUCUGAGUUUUGUGGUCGGUACGCCUAAAGCGCCAGUAUUAUGGAGAGUUUCACUUUUCUUCGAUGGAAUCUUAAGGUUUACAUCUAAUGGUGCAAAACGUUCUGACACCUCCUUCACUUUUCUCCCUCUUUACUACCCUUUUUUGAGCAUCUCUUUUCUAUUAUUUUUGGAAUUGCAAUCUCACAUCUUUAGAGAGCUUUCUCUCUUUUCCCUGGGCUAACGCGAAAAAGUUGUAGAAAGUGGAAAAUACUACUUUUCUUUAGCCCUUGCUUAACUCAGUGGACAAUGAUUAAAGACCAGCUGAUUUGACUUAAUUUAAAAUUUCUGUUUCGUAUUUGGUGCUCAAUAUCAUGUUAGUAUGCCUAUCCAAAGCUGAUAAUGUAAAUGAGAUUAUUCUGUAAUGAUUUAUCCUGCUUACUAAAAAAAAAAAUUAUUUAUCCUUGUUAUUGGCUAAAGCUGAUGCCUAUUCGUAGGUCUUGAAUCUUGAUACGAAAGCUAAAGAGAAGGAUGAUUAUUUCAGCAUGCCUUUUUGGAUAAUCACUCUUGAUUUCAUUUUUGUAAAAAAAGAAAAGAAAAAACAAAGGUUUCAUAUAUUAGUCAAGCCAAAGAGGACGAUUGAUGCAUAACACACGGACCAAACUUUCGUGUUUUCUGCAGCUUCUUUCUGCUGUCAACUGUUGGCUUAAGUGUAUGCUACUGGAACCUUACAACCAAACGGAUCACCCUGAAUGCAAAUCUCGCCCUGACAGCGGUCUUUCUGCAAUUACAGAACUGGAUCCUGGAUAUAUAACAGCCUUUUUUAUGACCUGAUGCAGGUCCUAUUUCUUCAAUUUGGAAAGAAUGGAUUAAGUGGUGCAUUGAAUUUGGUAUCGAGGCCAAUGCUAUUAUUGCUGUUCCAUAUGAUUGGAGAUUGUCACCUUCAAAACUGGAAGAGAGAGAUCUUUACUUUCACAAGCUCAAGUUUGUUGACAUUUGAAACUGCCUUGAAACUUCGCGGAGGCCCAUCUUUAGUAUUUGCCCAUUCAUUGGGUAAUAACGUUUUCCGUUAUUUUCUUGAGUGGUUGAAGCUAGAAAUUGCUCCAAAGCAUUAUAUGAAGUGGCUGGACGAACAUAUUCAUGCUUACUUUGCUGUUGGAGCUCCUCUUCUUGGUGCAGCUGAGGCAGUCAAAGCUGCACUUUCUGGAGUGACAUCUGGCCUUCCUGUUUCUGAGAAAUCAGGUAUAUGUUUGGAGCUUGGUAACUGUAGGAAUCCGACUUCUUGUAGAAAUUCAAUUCUUAUACAAAUUGGUAUCUUCAGGUAUCAGGGUACAGCGAGAUUGAUGUUCAAUUCAUUUGCUUCAUCUUUAUGGAUGAUGCCAUUUUCAAAGUACUGUAGAGCAGAUAAUAUAUACUGGAAGCAUUUCUCUGGGGACAUUAAGAAAGGUCAUCAUACAUACCACUGCGAUGAAGAGGAAUUUCGGUUAAACUUUUCUGGAUGGCCAACCAACAUAGUCAAUGUCGAAAUUCCUUCUUUUCAUGCUGGAUUUGAUGCUUAUCCAUCAGUUGCGGAACUAGCUAAGACUAACUUGUCUGGCAUGGAAUGUGGACUUCCUGCCCAGUUAUCUUUCUGUGCUCGUGAAAUAUCAGAUGGGACAUUUUUCAAAGCAAUAGAGGAUUAUGAUCCGGAUACUAAGAGGCUGUUGUACCAGUUAGACAAGUCAUAUCAUGGUGAUCCUGUUUUGAAUCCUCUUACUCCUUGGGACAGACCACCCAUAAAGAACGUCUUUUGUAUAUAUGGAAUAGAUUUAAGGACAGAGGUUGGCUAUUAUUUUGCUCCAAGUGGCAAGCCUUAUCCUGAUAAUUGGAUAAUUACAGAUGUUAUUUACGAGCUUGAAGGUUCCCUUUUCUCAAGGUCAGGAAAUCUGGUUGAUGGGAAUCCUGGAGCAGCAAGUGGGGAUGAAACAGUACCUUAUCAUUCACUUUCUUGGUGCAAGAAUUGGCUUGGAUCAAAAGUUAACAUAACAAGAGCACCUCAGUCAGAGCAUGACGGGUCUGAUGUACAACUAGAAUUGAGUGUUGAACAUCAGCAUGGAGUAGACAUAUUUCCUAACAUGACGAGAUCUCCCAGGCUUAAGUACAUAACCUAUUAUGAAGACUCUGAAAGUAUACCAGGGAAGAGGACAGCAGUCUGGGAGCUUGAUAAAGCAAAUCACAGGAACAUUGUUAGAUCUCCAGUUCUAAUGCGAGAGUUAUGGCUCCAAAUGUGGCAUGAUAUCCAUCCGGAUGCGAAGUCAAGAUUUGUUACAAAAGCUAAGCGUGGACCUUUGAGGAAUGAAGACUGCUAUUGGGAUUACGGGAAAGCUCGAUGUGCAUGGCCAGAUUAUUGUGAAUACAGGUAUCUCUUUGGGGAUGUUCACCUAGGACAGAGUUGUAGGCUUAAGAAUUCAUCAGCUGAUAUGCUGUUAAAUUAUGUGUAGAUUCGAAGGCUCCAGCUCGUUAUAAUCUUCCAGUACCUUUGGUUGCUGCACCUAGAGGCACGAAUUAUAUAUCUAUAAAAGGUGAAGUAAAUUUGAUACUCCUCUCUCUGCUGGAAUUCUAAGUUGACAUGGUGAGGCUCUCUGAUCCCUCUUCGAGCAGUAAGCAUCAUCUGAAUAUAUUUGAUUCAUGAUAGGCCCCAAAUACCGAGACAUAUAAUUACUUAGACUAACACGGCUUAUAUUGCUGGAGACUGAAGUGCAAUCAAUUCAUUCAACCAAAUAGUUGUGAAUAAUUUCAAUCUGCAGCAGCAGCAGCAUUCUGACAAGCAUUUUUCCUACUGUUGUAUCUUUCCGAGAGUUUAAAAUCAAGUGAGGGAAUGAUGCCGUAUUUCUCUGCUAAUAUUUGUACUUUAGAUAGAUUGAAUUCUCUGUCAACACUUCAUAUCAUGUUCUUCUACUACGGAGUGACCCUUUCUUGGACAAAAAAAACAUGAACAGUGAUGUUUUCCUUUUGUUUUGGUAUAAAACUUCUGCAGUCAGAGAGAUA